AAUAUCAGAUUUUGCUUCGCGUUGUUCUUCUGAUCGAUGGCGAUGGCUGCUCUUCUCAGCUUCCACUCCCUCUCCAAUUCCGCCUUCUCCCAUCCAGAACCUCUCCAAUCGCAUCUCUCCUCCCUUCCCAAACUUCAAAUUGCGGUAAAGAUCUCGGCUUUUCUACCUGCGCCUCGACCAAAUGUUCGCGCCGCCGCUCUCGCCGAGAUUGCUGCGUCGCCAGAUGCGAUCGCCACCAACUCCGAACUUGAAAGCUUGUGCAAAGAAGGGAGCAUCGAGUCCGCCUUCCAACUUCUCGACGAAACGGCCAGAAGAGGCGCCCCAAUUCCACCCGCGACCCUCCUCCUGCUCCUUCGCUCAUGCGCGGACACGCGGUCGAUCGACCUCCUCAGGCGUGCCCGUCGUAGAGCGAUGAGCACUCCCUUGGGAUCCACCAAACCCUUCGUCGACCAAGUCGCCGCCUUGUGCUGCAAGCUCGGCGGCGCCGAGGAGGCUCGCAUCGUGUUCGACGAAAUGCCUGUGAGAAGAAGCCGUCGCCGGAGGGGCAGCAGGGGCGGAAGCGGCGGCGGCGGCGGCGAGGCGGAUCCCAAGAGGCGGGAGGCGUACGAGAAAGUGCGGCGGCUGCACGAGGAGAUGAGGGCGGCAGGGUACGUGCCGGACACCCGGUUCGUGCUCCACGACGUCGACGAGGAGGCGAAGGCGCAGGCCCUGAUGUACCACAGCGAGCGCCUGGCCAUCGCCUACGGCCUUGUCUGCACACCGCCGGGCACGACGCUACGCGUGAUGAAGAACCUCCGCAUCUGCGGCGACUGCCAUACCGCGGUGAAGCUCAUCUCGAAGCUGGAGGGAAGGGAGAUCAUCGUGCGGGACAACAAGCGCUUCCACCACUUCAGGGACGGCGCCUGCUCCUGCAGAGAUUACUGGUGAUCGAGCUUGGACCUCCGCCAUCAGUCUCUAUAUUCUCCUCUGCAGCUCAAAAUCUCACCUGACAAUUAAUGUACAUUUUGCAUUGAUAAUGAAUCAAAUACUACUCGAGGAAUUUGGCA